AUGACUACACUUGACAAUAUUGAUCAAGAACCAGAACAUGGAAGUGAUGAAUUAGUUUUGUCAGAAAAUAAAGAAAACAAGACUAGUGAUAAUCAUGAUAAUAAUGAAACAGAUCAAUCCAUAGGACAUAUGCGUGAUGAAGCCUUAAGGCGUAAAGAGCGUCUAAAGCAAUUACGUAUGAAAAAUGCAUCACAUAAAAGUAUUAUACACUUAAACAAUAGCGAUAAUGGAGAAUUACCCAAACCGAUAUUUCGAAAUUACAAACCACAGUCAGAAGAAUUAAAAGAUGGUGAAUUGCCUGCUGGUAAACCGGUAGAUCUGAACAAGCACAUCAUUGCACAACUGGAAGCUGCCGAUGCACCAGUUAUUGUUGAUGAAGUUAAUUUGGCAAGUCUUGCACCUCGUAAACCUGAUUGGGAUUUAAAAAGGGGUGUUGAGAAGAAAUUGCGUAAAUUAGAACGUCGAACUCAACGUGCUAUCGCUGAAUUAAUCCGUGAACGUCUUCUUGAAACAAGUGUCGACUACAAUGAGACAUAUGCAAACCAUCCGAAAUCAAUUGGAUAA